AUACUACAGCAGCGACAUCGUCUCUUUUUUUUUUCUCAGUUCAAGUUGGGCUGAAGAGGCACUUUGUGUUGGCUGGUUGGUUGGCUGGCUGCUGACAGUCAGUCGAGUGUAUUCUCGCGCGAAAGGACUAAAACUUUCAUCUCGUACUCCGUCGCCCAUACGUCUAUACAAGUACACACAACAGCUACCCAUGUCGUCGCCGUUCGCAAAAGAUAAAGUCGUCAGUUGCUCUCUCUUUCUCUCGUCGUGGGAGAGUGAACUGCGUGCGAUGUGAGUGGAGUGUAUUAUUGCCCUAAAAACGUGUUGUUUCUUGUCGAAGUUGCAACUAUAACGUCGACGUUUUCAUCUCGAUUCAAUCGUUGUAAGGAGGUGCUUCUAAGUUUGGUAAACAGUCAAAAUGCCAGCGCCGCCUCCGCCUCCGCCAGCACCCACAUUCAACCUCGUAGGAGGCUCUAACGACAGAGGAGCUCUUUUGCAAUCUAUCAGAGAUGGCAAAAAAUUGAAGAAAACAGUUACAGUUGACAAAAGUGGUCCAGCCAUCAGUGGAAGAAUCUGUGGAGAAUCAUCAAGCACAACAUCUAACACAAGCUCUAAAGUUCUAGCGCCUAACACAAAUAGUAUUAACAAUGGUAGCCCAAUGGGUUUGGGUGGCCUAUUCGCAGGUGGAAUACCUAAACUCAAGCCUACAGGUAUGAGAAACAACUUGGCAGAAAGAGAUAAUGGCAAUGGUCAUUCGAAUCCAGUUGGUUCGGCUACAUUGCCAAGUGUCAAACGUGGUCCGCCUCCUGUACCACCUCCAGCUGCUCAAAAGCCACAGUUGUUUUCAAUGAAUAAUCCAUCACCAGAGUUAACAAGUUUGAAUUAUAAUGAAACUCCCAGGAGCUCCUUUGGUAAGCCAACUCUGGCUCCAAAGCCACCAACGUCUUCCAAUGCAGUGCAGCAACAAAAGCCUUCACCACCGCCUAAAAAGCUCACUCUCAAUACAAAUAAUUCUGUAUCCAGGGCGCAAAGUAUGCGACUACCGCGUUCACCACAGGUGCUGGCGCCUACGCCGCCGUCGUUGCAUCAGUCGCAAGACUGCUUGGUGGAGCCGCAGCAAAGGCCAACAAAUCGACCGAAAAGGCCACCAGUGGUGAGGCCACCGUCACCACCGAUUUCCCGUGGAAACAGCAACGGUGGUGCAACGAUAACUAGAGUGGCACCACCGCCGCCCACAAGAGCGCCGUUGAUGCCGCCACCUCCGCCACCGCCGUUGCCCCAGCGAUCGUCUUCGUCGGUCUCUUCUUCAGCGGCUCCGCCACCGCCUCCACCUACCUCUGCGAGAACGGCACCACCUAUGCCUCCGCCACCAACGCCACCCACAAGGGGACAGUCAUUACAGCAAAGAAAUGGACAAACGCAGAUAAUGAGCCCGAGUCCUGCUGAAUUCGAGGCGAGGUUCGCCGACAUGUUCCAUUCGAUAGCCACCUUCCCCGCGCCCGAGCCUUACAGAAACGUGCAGAAGGUUUAUAACAGCAAAACUGUUGCAGCGGCGAAGCAGCAAGCACCUGCGCCACCGGUACGCUCGGUAUCGAAUGCUGGUACAGGUGGUCCUCGACAACCGGCACCUCAGCCAUGGCAGAAUGCCGCCUGCUAAAAAGGGACAAUUUAUGCCUUCUAUCGCACAACUGCAAACAAAACAAUUCUAUCGCCCCCAGCUCCAAAAACCGCGAGAAGCCUUGUAAAUAUUCAAUGUAUUUAUUGCUUUUUUAAUCUGUCUCUCUUUCCUAACGAUCCUCCUCUUUUUUUUCUCAAUUCCGUUCUUUUACGGAUGACAAUAAAGUGGGAUCUAUAAACAUUGCUGGUCGCGCAGUUACGUAAUAGAUAAAUCUGUCAAGGCGGCGGACGAUUAGUCAAGAAAAUUUCAACUGUUUCUAGCGGCAUGUCAGAGUCUCCUUAUUAAUUAUCUAUUUUCUUUUUUUCCUCAUCAUACUAUUUUUAUAUGCGAAAAUGCUAAUUUUAUGUAACUUUUCUUUAUCUACGUUCAUUAACAUUAGUUCGUAGAGUAAUCGUUGUUCGAACUUCUUUUCCUUAAUAAUUAUUUCGUGUAUUUUCUUGUGAAUGUUAGUGACACGUUAACAACUGAAAAUGUAUCACAAUUGCAGUGCAAUCGUGACUUUUCAAAAAAAGCAGAUUCUUUUCAAAAAGCAAACGUGUAACUUAUUACAGGUAUACAUGUCGAGAUUCGUAGAGUUAAACUUAGAUGCCAAAAUAUUUUAUUUUCUAACAUACAAUGACAAACAAUGAUGAGGGCGGUAAUUUAUGUCAAAUAUUUUGGUAGCUCACUGUUUUUUUUUCUUUUCGCGUACUUUGGCGUUCGUUUGGAGUAUUGCGAUGUUAUAACAAUUGAAACAAUGAAUUGUGAUAAUUUUCAUUGUAGGAACAUAUUAAAAAUUCUACUUCGUCUUACACUCUGAUCAUUUAGAUAUUAGAUGAAAAUUGUAAGUAUUACAUAUCACAGAAAAAAUUAUGUGGUAGGUGACAUUAUGAUCGUAAGAAAGAUCACCACCAACGGUCGAGAAUUGUAAUUCAAUACUUAUGUACUAUUUAGUGCGAAUAAGCAAAAUUUAGCUAGAAAAUAAAAUUAGUUAUCAAAUAUAAUGAAUUUCGUGUAUCACUAUUUACGUUGCGAAUAGCGGAAAACGUCCGAAUCAAAAAAUUCAAAAUACUUCCUAACACUCAGGGAAGUUACGCGACCUUUGCACCAUAAAAGUACAGGGAAAGAGUGCUAAUAUAUACCAGUUUUUCGGCUCGCGCAACAACGGUUUCGAUUGCAUUUUUUUCUUCUUUUUUCUGCAAGUAAAGUAGACACAUUGGAGAAUCUAACGCGAAAAUCUUUAGCUGAUACCAUAUCUGCUGUAAUUUCGCACCCCUUUAAUUUCCUAGCCUCGUCGCAAAUUAACUUGUCUCCUUGUCGACUACUUACGGAAAAUCUACCUGCGUAAAAGACGCGGUAAUGACAAGAUACUGAGGUUGGAUUUGUCAUAGUUGCAAAAAAUUUCGUACUAUUUUUUAGAACAUAAUUAGCCUAAUUUUUUCAGAUCUAAAAGUAGUAAAAUAAGGUUACGAUAGAAUUGAAAGUUUGUACCAAUAAACAUAAAUAAACUUAAGGAAGUUCCUAUAAUUUUUCAGCUUGUUAGGUCGAGCAUCUUUAAUCGAUUAUUAAUUCUAAAGCAAUAACAAAUUUGAAGUUUCCAUUGGGUUAAGAUUUUAUGAAGAGCAUUUAUUUUUGUUUGGAGAGGUAUUAUGAGAUUAAUAAAUAAGAAUAUAAUUUUAAGUAAUAUUUAAAGUUUAAAUUAAAAAGAUUGAAGGAAAAUUGAAAAAUACAAAGUUGUUUGAUAUUGAUAUUGAUAUUGUCAACUGAAAUUGAUUUAACUUUGAACGAAGUGAAGGUUGAAUUUAAAGGUUCAGUCUUUUGAAUAACAAGACCAAUUGAAAUAGAAAACACGUAAUGUUGUGAGAAGAGUGUUCCCUGCUCUUGAAGGAUUUUAGAUUUUUUCCACUAUUCGUAACAGAAGUAGUGAUACAUGAAAUUAAUUUUGUGAUAACUAAUUUUAAUUUUUGAUUUCACCGUUAUUUUUUAACUAAUCUUUAUUUACGUAAGAAUAAAUAGAAUAGACGCUUAUUUGCACUAAACAUUGUGCAUUAAGAUAUAAUUCUCCGUCAUACGUGAUGGUCUGUCUUGUGAUCGAAAUAACAGUUACCACAAUAAAACAUACGUGUUACACAGUUUUAUUAUUGAGAGUUUUAAUUGAAUAUAUAUUCUCUAUGCUUGAAGUUUGAGUGGAUAUCAAUUAAUAUUGAAAGUAGACAAAUUAUUUCUAAGAUUUGAAAGUAUGAAGAACUUCGAAAAUGAUCAGUAUGAUUUUUAUUAACGCCUUUGACAAUUCUUCACCUCGGAAAGUUUAUAUCAGAGCGUCAAUACCUAAAUACCAGUUUUGAACGUUUACUUUAUUGGCACUGUCAGAUAAGCAAUGAUAGUGCACGUGUAUUUUUAUACAUACGAGUAUCGUUAAUAGCCGACCAAUUUUAUUUGUCAAACAGUUGCGAUAUAUCAGUAAAUUGUGAUAGAUUGAUAGAUGAGAUUUGCAGUUUCUAUACGUUUAUGCGCCAUGAAUGACAUAGUUUAAACUUUGUUUUUCACUUCCUACUUAUCACGGAUUCGGCGCCAGGAAAAGAGAAGUGUAUAUAUAUAUACACACACAUAUAUAUAUAUAUAUAUUAUCGAUUACUCUGUAUAAAGUGUUUGAAAAAUUUUUCUGGCACCGCUGAUUACAUUUUCACGCGAGAGAAUAUUUGGCAGUGCUAGAAAAAAGAUUUUUCCUAUGGAAAGUAUAGCUAUAAAAAAUUUAGUCUAUGGCAUAAAAACAUUGUAUAACUGAUUGCCAAAAUGUAAUUAUUGCUGAAAAUAUAAUAUAGUAUGAAUGAUAAUUAAUAAUAAUUGUAAAUAAUGGUUUGGAAAGAAAUAAAAACAAAAUUAUUGAGAUUAUUUCUGUUGAAUAUUAUGCGAGAAUAUUAUCUUUAGCAAUAGAAUAUUUUUAAUAUAAAUACGUUAUGAUAUACAUUUCUAUUUCUUUUAUAAUUUUUAAUCUGUACAUUCUGCAAUUUUAAUUAUAGAAUGAAAACUAAAAUCUGGUCUUUUUGUUUCAUUCAAGAAUCAAGCAUAGUCAGAAUCUGUUUUCUGAAGCCAAAGGCAAUGCUUGAAAUUGCAGGGCGUUUGAAUGCACGAACUCUUCUUUAGAUUCGGUAAGAG